AUGAAAUCAAGAUGGCCGCCCACACAGCGAGAAUUCGCCCUCUAUGAUCAUACAGAAAAAUUGGGGACUUUAAGCAAUCCAGUCCGGAAAAAAAUACGCCAGGUUUGUUGGAAAGCUAGUUAUCUUAGUUUCCUUCUAUUCUUCAAAACAACAGGCAUGAAAAUGACCGUACAAAGUGCUGUUAUGGAAUAUGAUCAUGGAUUGCAAGCUGGUGAUCAGCGGGUGAGUACAUAGUUUAUUUAUCUUUGUCAUCAGAAAAUAAGCCCUAGUUUUUAAUAGUGUUAAGAAUUUUCAAGGCAAAUCCCCCAAUAAACAGGCUCUUGUAUGUUGUACUCGUGAAGUUCCCCCACCAUGAAGCCAAGUUAAUGUUCCUGCACACCAGGCUAGUUUCUGCAGGAUAGACAUCAUGGAGAACGAAGACUUCUUAGUCUUUUUCAUGGUACCAUAGAAUGAAGCUCUCAGUUACACACCUGGCGAUUCUCAGAGAUAAUAAGUUUGAUGUCGUGCAUCAAGGAUAAUGAACCAACAUCAGUCUCUUAAAAAGCCUCAGCAAGCCUCAAAGUUUACCUAAUACAAACUUACAGUUUUUUAUGUUAAAGAACAUGGCUAGAACCAAAAAUUUUUGGAUGUUUUCAAAACUGAUGUCACUUGUAUUGAAAUGACUUUGUUUUGAAACGACCAGUAACCAUUCACAGGCUAUGGGGUGCCAUAACUUUUAUAUGCUAUCAACAAAAAGAGGUAAAUUUGUUUAAUCUUUUUAUAGUCAAACCAGGUGAAGCGUUCCCGUCGCUAACGAACUAAUAAAUUCAUUAACAGAAAAAUGAUUUCAUUUGUUGAUUCAAUAAUCCAUUCAUAAAAUGAACAAUCCAAUAUUCAUAUUUAGCCUCGAUUCCAUAAUCGAAUGUUGAUUCGAUUACUGUUUUUUGAAAAACUACACAUUUUUUUCUUCUUUUUUUUCGAAGAGUCGAGUGCGGACGAGUUCUGAAGUUCAAACCCAAACAAACUGCUACAUGUACGCCGUUUUGCUUCCAGUAAUCAGUGCAUUGGACCUGAUCUCUGAGAAAACACGAUAG